AUGGAGCUUGCUAACACCAAAGACUUCCAGUGGAAAACCCUCGCCCCACUGCCGAGCCGCAGGGUCUACUCGACUUUAGUGGAAGCUGGCGGGCAGGGGUUUGGCAUCGGGGGCUGCGAUGACAAUGGUGUCCCCAUGGACUGCUUCGAGGUCUACUCCCCCGAGGCCGACCAGUGGACCUCGCUGCCCCCCAUGCCCACGGCCCGGGCUGGGGUGGCCGUGACCACCUUGGGCAAGAGGAUCAUGGUCGUAGGAGGAGUCGGAGUGAAUCAGAUGCCGCUGAAGAUAGUGGAGAUGUACAACAUAGACGAGGGCAAGUGGAAGAAGAGGAGCUCGCUGAGAGAAGCAGCCAUGGGCAUCUCGGUGACUGCAAAAGACUACAGAGUCUAUGCAGCUGGUGGGAUGGGCUCUGACCUGCGGCCGCACAACUACCUGCAGCACUACGACAUGCUCAAGGACAUCUGGGUGUCGCUGGCGGCCAUGCCCACACCCAGGUAUGCUGCCACAUCCUUCCUUCGAGGCACCAAGAUCUACGUGCUGGGUGGAAGGCAGUCCAAGUACGCUGUCAAUGCCUUCGAGGUCUUUGAUACAGAGACCAGGUCGUGGACCAGGUUUCCCAACAUCCCCAACAAAAGGGCCUUCUCCAGCUUCGUGCCCACGGAAGACAAACUCUUCAGCCUCGGAGGCCUGCGGCAGGGACGGCUCUACCGGCAGCCCAAGUUCAUGAGGACCGUGGACAUGUUUGACAUGGAACAAGGUGGCUGGAUGAAGAUGGAGCGCUCCUUCUACCUGAAGAAAAGGCGAGCAGACUUUGUGGCUGGCUACCUGAAAGGCAGAGUCAUCGUGGCUGGGGGACUAGGAAAUCAGCCGACCGUCCUGGAGUCCGCAGAGGCUUUCCACCCCGAGAAGAACAAGUGGGAGAGCCUGCCCCCCAUGCCCACCCCGCGCUGCGCCUGCUCCAGCAUCGUGGUCCGGAACUGCCUGCUGGCUGUCGGCGGGGUGAGCCAGGGCCUGAGCAGUGCCGUGGAGGCUCUGUGCCUCUCCGAUUCCUAG